CUCCCUGCCUGCCUGCCUGCCUGCCUGCCUCCCUCGCCAUUCGCGUCCCAAUUCAAGCCUCUCCGUUUCGGCAAAACAGUCCAAGCGCUUGAUGCCAACCUGGAGGGUUAACCCCUGCCUCCCCAGAGCCGAAUAUUAAGCAGACAGCUGGGAGCGCGCCAGCCCGAGCCAUGUCUCCUGGCCAGGCCAGCCACGGGACCUGGUAACGGGAGGCAGGGAGGGAGGGGGAGAGCGGCGCGGCGACACCCGAACUACAACUCCCGAAAUCGAGAAGGAGACGUCUCCGGAAAGGAAGGCGAGGGGGGAGGGCGGAGAUGUGUGCGAGGAAGGCGAGAGGGAGCAUGAGAGCCAGUCCUCCCCAGCCAGCCAGCCUCUCCGCGCUGGAGCCUUCCUCUCCUUCCUUCAAAAUGAUCCUGCGGACGCUCCUGCUCUGCUCCCUCAUCCACGGUUCUAGUCAAAAAAGUGAUGAUGAUUAUGAAGAUUAUACAACCAACAAAACCUGGGUUUUAACCCCCAAAAUCCAUGAGAGUGAUGUUACUCUUAUUUUGAAUGGUCUACUGGAGGGAUAUGACAACAAGCUAAGGCCAGAUAUAGGAGUGCAGCCAACAGUUAUUCAUACUGAUAUGUAUGUCAAUAGCAUUGGCCCAGUGAAUGCAAUCAAUAUGGAAUAUACAAUAGAUAUAUUUUUUGCCCAAACAUGGUAUGACAGAAGACUGAGAUUCAACAGCACUAUUAAAGUACUAAGGUUAAACAGCAACAUGGUUGGGAAGAUAUGGAUACCUGACACAUUCUUCCGAAAUUCAAAGAAGGCUGAUGCUCACUGGAUAACCACUCCCAAUCGGAUGCUUCGGAUCUGGAAUGAUGGCAGAGUACUGUAUACACUGAGAUUGACAAUAGAUGCUGAGUGUCAGCUACAGCUGCACAACUUCCCAAUGGAUGAACAUUCUUGUCCCUUGGCAUUUUCAAGCUAUGGUUAUCCCAAAGAAGAAAUCAUCUACAUGUGGAAGCGCAGUUCUGUGGAAGUGGGAGAUACAAGGUCCUGGAGGCUGUAUCAGUUCUCAUUUAUUGGGCUCAGAAACACAACUGAAGUAGUGCCAACAACCUCAGGAGAUUAUGUUGUCAUGGCAGUCUACUUUGACCUAAGCCGAAGGAUGGGUUACUUCACUAUUCAGACUUACAUCCCCUGCACACUCAUCGUAGUAUUGUCCUGGGUUUCAUUCUGGAUUAAUAAGGAUGCUGUUCCAGCCCGAACAUCUUUGGGUAUCACAACUGUCCUGACAAUGACUACUCUUAGUACAAUUGCUCGCAAAUCUCUUCCCAAGGUUUCUUACGUGACAGCAAUGGAUCUGUUUGUAUCAGUGUGCUUCAUUUUUGUGUUUUCUGCACUGGUGGAGUACGGGACUCUUCAUUAUUUUGUCAGUAACAGGAAGCCAAGCAAGGAUAAAGACAAAAAGAAGAAAAACCCUCUUCUUCGGAUGUUUUCAUUCAAGGCACCUACAAUUGAUAUCCGUCCAAGGUCAGCUACUAUCCAAAUGAACAAUGCCACACACCUCCAAGAACGGGAUGAAGAAUAUGGGUAUGAAUGUCUCGAUGGCAAGGACUGUGCAAGUUUUUUCUGCUGCUUUGAGGAUUGCCGAACAGGAGCAUGGCGGCAUGGGAGGAUACAUAUUCGCAUUGCCAAAAUGGACUCUUAUGCCCGCAUAUUCUUCCCCACUGCCUUUUGUUUGUUUAACCUGGUCUACUGGGUGUCCUACCUUUACCUUUAAACAAGCAGAAAGGAAAUUUGUGUCACAAGCCUUAUUCUCAAAAAAUGUAUGAAAUGGUUUCCUAUACUAAUUUGCUCAAAUGCCAUGACUUAGUGGCUGUAGUGAACAUGUGGACCAACAAACACAGGGAUGUUCCUGCAAGUUGGAGCCACCACCUUCUCUUCAGUUUCAGGGGGUAUGCUGCAAGUGCACCAAUAUGCACACACACAGCAUUCCCUGACAUGGAUGAAUGAGGGCAGGUGGGAACAGGUCAACCCUAGCUCAUCUAAGCUGCAUUAAGCGCCAGAGUUUCAUGGAACUUAGAACAGCUUUAUUACACAGUGGUUUCAAUUCCUUAGUGCCAUAAUUCAGUAAAUAUUAACCAUAACAUUGUUGGACUACUGUAAAAUCAUUAUGGCUUGAAUGCUCUCAUACUAUGUUUUAAGAAAUUUGAUACAGGCCAAACCAAGUAUCAAUUAGAAAUCCACCAGAGAAUGUGUGGGAUAAGGCCCUCACAAGCUCAGUGUUUGAGUAUUACAAUUUUAGCUAUCAAUAGUCAUCAUUUAUAAUUAAGAAAGUGAAAAAAACACUGUAUAGUUUGUUAUCAUUGAUUAUAAAUAUGUGAUAUAUUUGGCCACUGUGGGCUUUUCUUUUUGGAAGAGUCAUCUCUCAGUUCAGACCACGCUAACUAAGGGGGAAAGAGUUUUUUCUUUGCACCUGAAUAAAAAUUGUGUGCUUGGGUGCCCUCCUGAAGAGCGCAUGUACAAAUGCUGUAAAUACUCCACUACCUUGUAGUGCUUGGGUCUAGUGCAUGAAGACUGGGGGGGGUCAGGGGCAAACUAAAUGGAAUGAAGGUACCAUAUUCAGUAUUGUCUUUCAUUCUGUAUCCCUGAUUUUGCUACUGUAGCAGAAAAAUACUGGUAAAAAUCAUCUUGUUUUUCAAGCAGAAAGACCAUUACCACCAUGCAUGGGAGAUUUGGACGAACAGUGCAAUCCAUGAGAAGGUAGACAAGCCUUAAAAAGUUGACCAAAAUGACACCCAUUCCAUGGUACAAUUCAGUAAGGCCAAUAUAAAUAAUACUUUAGUCUAUAGCUUAGCUCCAGGUGUUAGCUGCUGUUUUAUUCCUCACUUUCCAUGUCAACUGAACCUGCAAUUAUUCUGUAUGGCAAGAUUGGCUGUGGUCUUUUGAAGCAUUUGUUUGUAGUGAAGGGAUUUUUCCUCACUCCAAAUGCUCAUCAUUUGUACCUAGAAUAUGUUUGCUGAGAUGCACGAUCCAUCUGAAUGAACUAGAACUGAAUAUUGUUCUUACUGUUUGCUUUUCACAUAUACAUUUGUUUCCCAGGCAGAAGCUGGGACAUUUUCAUUUGUGCCACUAUAUGGACCAUACAUUUGUGUGAUAAUGUUAGUGCUCCUUUUGUUUUGUUUUGUUGGUUUUUUUUAAAAAAAAUCUCCCUUCUCUGUCUCUCUCUCUCUCUCUCUCUCUCUCUUUCUCUCGGGUCUCUUGGUUGUUAUGUAGUCUAUCACAAGCUAGCACAUAGCAUAGCAACCAUUUUGAAACAAAAAUGAAAGAGGGGGAAUUGUCUUUGUUAAUAAACAAUAUCUGCAUAGUAUGUGUGCUUUAAGAGACCCAGUUGGGUGAAUUGUCAAUGUCAUUUAACUGGCUUCUUUUCAAACAUCUGUGCAAUGCUCAGUUAUGCAAACUUAAGCACAUGUAAAUAAAGACUGACUUUUUUACAGUCACAUACUGAGAACACAAGCUCAUCUCAAGUAGGCUUGCAGCUGGGAAGGAGGAAUAAUCUAUAUAUAUAUAUUAUCAUUACAGAAUUAAUGAUAUUACUGAUAGCCAAUACAGAGACUUAAGGACAGUUUUCCAAUGUCUGUAUAGUUUUGGAAAUAAAUAUGUAUAGAAAGGUAUAACUCUUUCCUGAUCAUCAACUGCUCCUUAAUGUAUUUUAAUGAAGAAAAUGCACAUAUCCAUAGUUUUUUUUUUCCAAUAAAAUUGCUGCACUAAA